UAAAAAUUAAAGCGAAAGCUGAUCAAAUCAAACGAUGCAUUACAACUAUACAAAAUUUCAUACGACUUUUCAGCAUUUUGAGGGUAAUCCUUGUAAUAUUCGGUAUAUCUGUACAAUUUCGUAUUUUUGUCGCGUUCGGUGAAUCCCUUUUGGAAAAUUCUCCCCGGUCCAUGCAAGCCCAAGUAAUAAUGUUUGAGUUGAACACAUGAUACCUUCAUGUUCAUCUUUUGUAGUCAGUUUAAUUUAGAAAUGAACAAUUAGAAAUCUCUUAAACAACUCGAGGAUGCAGGCCAUUCUUGCCUCUCCGGCUCUCGUGGAGAAUUGUGUUGACUGUCAAAAGCAUUGUCAGAGGCAGGACAGGACAAAGUUGGUUGCUGUCAAAAGGACACUUUACAAUCCACAUCUUACCACUUUCAAAAAAGCAGAAAUUGAAACUCACCAGGGCAAACUUUCUGAUGAACAUUCGAGGACAACUCUUCCAAAAGCUGUCGCCGACUUGCCUCCAGAGGUCUACUUCAAUUACAAUCCGUCUUGUUCGUACAUUCCAAGAUAUGAUACUUUACCACUGCCAACAAAGUGGAUCCGUGAACACGAGAUAGCUCAACAGCUAUCGCUUGAAAGAAAUGAAGAACUGAAGAGACACUACCUUAGUUACAAAGGAAAUAUUCCAUUUCGAAAAGAGCGAAUGGUCCAAAUCCCUCAGACAAAAAAUUGCCAUUUUUUGAACUACAAAAUAAGGUAUUUAAGGCCUGAGGAAAGACAGAAGUGGCGGGAACACGUGAAAAAACCACAACCGGAACUUCCGAGUUCAGUAGAAGCAACAGGUACUGGCUGCCUUUGUAAAGUAUCAUCGCACUCAGUGGAUCCUCGGAAAUGCAUUCGUUCUAAAUGUGAUGAACUUUCAGAAACUGGAUCAACAUGUCCACUAUAAUUCAUUGAUCUUAAAUAAUAAAUAAUAAUAAAAAAA